AUGUCAGCUACAACUAAUUCAAAUAACAAUGUAAAGAUAACAGGAAUUAAGUUCACAGAGAUUAAUUUUAACUAUGAGGAAUUACAGCAAAAACUCAAAUCGUUUGAAGAUAUAAAGAUUUACGCAGAUAAUGUGAAAAAAAAUUUGACAAUAAAAAAACAACAAUGGCAAAAUAAUAUUGCUUCAGAAAAAAGUAGCAUAACGCGUCAUAAUGAAGAAAUCAAAUCGUUUGAGAAAAAACAAAAGAGUUUAAUUGCAACUUUAGACAGGGAAAAAAAAGAAAUUCAAAAAUUGCAAUCAGAAGUCUCAAAUCUAAAAAAUGAUGAAAAUGUGAUGAACGAACGUAAAAAUUUUUUGGUGAUGCAAAUAGAUACCAUGAAAAAAGAAAUUCAAAAACAACGCGAUUCCAUGGUAGCGAAGCAAAUGUCACUAGAAACACAACUCUCAAAAAAUGAACCGGAAUUAAAACAGUUUACCGAUAAACUAGCUUUUACAAUGGAAGGAGACGUGAUUAUUUUCACAUUCACUUGUAUCUAUGAGAAUGAUUCGUCGCAACCGUGUUCAUUCACUCUUGAAGUUGGAAAUCCGAUUUACAAAGUGCUUGAAUGUAAUCCUGCGAUAGAUCAAGUAGAAGAGUUGGUUUCGGAGUUAAAUAAUUCAC